UUUUUAGAUGUCCUUGUUUAGAAUAGAUCUUGACUCUAAAUCUAGACUAGACUAGACCCUAGAUCCAAAUUUACCUUAACCUUGGGCUUGGAGUUGGGAUGUGGGACUGUGUAAAAUUUGAACAAUCUGAAAGAACUUGUAAUGAUUGUAAAUUAGGAUCUUUUUAAAACCAUUAAUGUGAUGUGCAUUCAUAGUGCUUUAUUGAAAUCAACACUGAAAGGCAGAGCUCUAGUUACAUACUUAUUCACUAACAGAACAAGACAGAUUUUCUUGUGCCAUGUAAAAACGUUUUCAUUCUUUCAGAAAGUUUUGUUACUACAAACAUUUCAGGAAACUCAUUCACCAGUGUUGACAAAGUCAUCUUUUUUCACUGUAAAAAAAAAAUUAUUUAACAAGCAAGAGGUCUGUGCUAAAAGGCCUGAAACAAUUAUAUCAAGAAAAAUGAGUGAAGAAACUGAUGUAGAAAGUAAAGAUUCAGAACUGGUUCAGCGCUUUCUGGAUUGUGCAGCUAGAGGAGAUGUUGAAAACUUUGAACAAUUAUUGGGAGCUGUGGACAUUGAUGUCAAAAGUGAUAGAGGAUGGACAGCUUUAAUGUUCGCAGCUAGAAACGGACACACAUCAGUUAUAAACAUUUUGGUCCAAAAAGGGUGUGAUGUCAACUGCCUUAAUGCCUCAGGACAAACAGCUUUGGAGAUAGCACAGUUCUGGAAUCACAAAGAGGUUGCUUCCAUUCUAUCACAAUAUCGACAGCAGUUAGAAUAUGACCAAAUCCAUAAUUACUAUUCACUCAACCCACUUUACAGAGCUUCUGAUGUUCGCAAAGAUGCUAAACAAUUGGAAUCAGCCAAAAAUAAUAAAUCAGCCAAAUUCAUAAUGUUCUCAAAACUUCAGCCAUUUCUAAUAACCUCUGAGGAAAAAAAAAAGAAAUUUAAAUUUGCUGUGUUUACCCUAGACCAGCUUCCAUCAAGCAUAAGAGAAACAUCAACUCUAAUAUUUUUGGGGUUAGAAACUUGGGAUCCUGUGUCCAGCCCUUGGUUUGCAGUUGAUUUAGUUGAAGGCGAUCAUUCUUUUAUUAGUAAGUACUAUCCUGAUGGCUCUUUUGUAGCCCCUUUUCCAACUACUAUGCAAAUGAUUCAAUCACAUGCUGGGCUUUUUGCUGAAGCUCAUUCAAUACUUUGUUGGUUGGACAAAUAUCGGUUUUGUCCAACAUGUGGCAGUAAGCAGACAGUGAUAGAAGGAGGUUAUAAACAAGUAUGUAAUAAUUCUGACUGUACAAGUCAUAAAGGUGUUCACAACACUUGCUAUCCUCGUGUGGAUCCAUCUCUCAUAAUGCUUGUCUUGUCCCCCAGCAAGAAGCAAUGCUUACUGGGCAGACAGAAACGCUUUCCACCAAAAAUGUUUUCUUGUUUAGCAGGGUUUAUGGAACCAGGAGAAUCUAUUGAAGACACAUGUAGAAGAGAAAUUGAAGAAGAGAGUGGAGUCAAAGUUGGAAGAGUAGACUACCAUUCAAGCCAACCUUGGCCUUUUCCAGCCACACUAAUGCUUGGCUGUAUAGCCCAUGCAAGAACAGAAACUAUUACAAUAGACAAAGAUGAACUUGAAGAAGCCCGUUGGUUCUCUCGUGCUGAGAUUGCUCAGAUGUUAGCUGGUCAGCACCCAGAUGGCUUAUUCAUACCACCUAGUCAAGCCAUAGCACAUCAGCUGAUUAAAUCAUGGGCGACAAGCAACUCUGCUAAUUUAUGACAUAAUCUAUAAUUAGUAAAUAUUUAGUAUAAUAUCCAAAAUCAUUUUAGUUCAAAUAAAUGAUGUUUUAAAUUAGCUUAUGAUAGCUAGAGGGAGGCUUCUUGUUAAAAUCUUAUAGCUUUUUAUAAAUUUACUAUUUGCAUUUACUUUACUGUGAUUUGUAACACUGACUAAAUCAUUUUGAAAAUUUAAUGUGCAAGAAGUUGUUUAUUUUAAUAUUAUGCUGUAGAAGUUUAAAUCUGUUUUCUUUGAAAUUAGGUACACCUGAUUUGUUGAAAGAUUAUACGUUGAAAGACAUGUUUUUAUUUGAAUAAAUGUUUGUAUAAUUUUGUUAAUUUAAUAUUUAAAAUUAUUCAAACCAGAUUUGUACAAUUUUACUUUUUUUUUUAAUCAAAUUUUUAUUAUUUUCUUAAAGUCAACAGUUGUCAUAUUAUAUUUACUAAAUAUCAUUUCAAAAUAUACAUAUUUAUUACAAAAUUAUUUUUUUGUUUAAUUUAUACAUUUAUUUAAAAACUAAAUUAAUUUACAGAAAUGAAAGGGUAUUUGGGGCUUGGCUGCAUUUUGUAAAAAAAAAAAAAAAGUUGAUAAAAAAAAAAAAAGCACAUAUACUACUACACU